GGGACUCCAAGCCCGGGGGCGGGGCGGGGACUACGGGUUUUAGGGCGGGCUUUGGGAGAAGGCCGCCGUCCAGCCUCCUCCGUGGCCCUUGCGGUCUCGCUGCUCCUCCAGCCGCGUCGCUUCCCGCCGCCGCCCGGGGGUAUCCGAUUAAGGCUGCCAGGGGCUCAGCUGUACUCAGAUGGACGGGACGGAGACCCGACAGCGGAGGCCAGAGGAGCUGGGCCUGCUGCACGGCCUCAGCACAGGAAGACUCCCUGAAGCCUCGGAAGAUGGACUGCUGAGUGUCCCUGAGAGCCAAAGGGUGGCCCCUAAACCCCUGGGGCCUGAGCUCAGCAGGGAGACCACCUUGUCCAUUGGCCUCCAGGUGACAGUGCCCUUCCUGUUUGCAGGCCUGGGACUGUCUGGGGCAGGCAUCCUUUUGAACUAUUUCCAGCACUGGCCCGUGUUCACGGAGGUGAAGGACCUGCUGACCUUGGUGCCGCCCCUGGUGGGCCUGAAGGGCAACCUGGAGAUGACGCUGGCCUCACGCCUCUCCACCGCGGCCAACACUGGGCAGAUCGAUGACCCCCAGGAGCAGCACAGAGUCAUCAGCAGUAACCUCGCCCUCAUCCAGGUGCAGGCCACCGUCGUGGGGCUCCUGGCCGCCGUGGCAGCCCUGCUCCUGGGCGCGGCGUCGGGGCAAGAGCUGGACGUGGUGGAGGCGGAGGUGCUGUGCGCCAGCAGCGUCAUCACCGCCCUCCUGGCGGCCUGCGCCCUGGGGAUGCUGAUGGUCUGCAUAGUGAUCGGCGCCCGAAAGCUCGGGGUCAACCCGGACAACAUUGCGACGCCCAUCGCGGCCAGCCUGGGAGACCUCAUCACCUUGUCCCUCCUGGCGUUCGUCAGCAGCUUCUUCCACAAACACAGAGACAGUCGGUAUCUGAUGCCGCUGGUCUGCGUCAGCUUCACGGCCCUGACCCCCAUGUGCAUCCUCGUCGCCAAGCAGAACCCGCCCGUCGUGAAGAUCCUCAAGUUCGGGUGGUUCCCCAUCGUCCUGGCGAUGCUGGUCAGCAGUUUCGGGGGGCUCAUCUUGAACAAGACCAUCUCCAAGCAGCAGUUCCGAGGCAUGGCCAUAUUUGCCCCCAUCAUUUGUGGUGUUGGUGGCAACCUGGUGGCCAUUCAGACCAGCCGGAUCUCCACGUACCUACACCUGUGGAGCACGCCUGGGGUCCUGCCCCUCUGGAUGAAAAAAUGCUGGCCUAACCCCCGCUCCACAUUCUGCAGCUCAGAAAUCAACUCCACGUCGGCCCGUGUCCUGCUCUUCCUGGUGGUUCCAGGCCACCUCAUCUUCUUCUCCAUCAUCCACCUGGUGGAAGGCCAGUCAGUCCCAGACGACAAAACCUUCGUGGGGCUCUACCUGCUGGCGGGCCUGGUCCAGGUGACGAUCCUGCUGUACCUGGCAGAAGCGACGGUUCGGCUGACAUGGAACCAGGCCCUGGACCCAGAUGACCACUGCAUCCCCUACCUUACGGGGCUGGGGGACCUCCUCGGGACCAGCCUCCUGGCACUCUGCUUCCUCGCCCACUGGCUACUGAGGAGUGAAACGGGGCUGGAUGGCACCUCAGAACCAGCAUCUGGACCUUCGUAAGGAGCCCAGACGUCCCUGCUGCUCAGGAGAACCUUCCUUCGUGCCCAUGGGAACAGGGUGUGGUUUCUCCCCAGCCGGACCCCCAGGGUGGCCGACCCUGGCCUCUGCCAGUCGGCCGAGGACGCACACACCCUCUGGAGCUGCUGCUGCCUGAGCCCGGGAUGGAGCCUGAGGUCAGGAGCGCUUGCCGGCGAGCGUCCGUGCCUGUGUGGAGGGCAGGGCGCUGCGGCCUGAAGACGCUGAACCGAGAGGCGCCUGUGCACUUUGCGGGGGACACACACAGCCCGGAUGCAGUGCAGCAGGAAGGACACCCCCUGUCCCCGAGCUGGGGACGCCCAGCCCUUCCCUCUUCUGCUCCCAGCAUUCCUGUCACUGCUUGCUUUUUCUCUUUCAUUAGAACAAAUCUCUGCUUAGAUUUUAACGAUCAGAGGAGUGUAAAAAUAAAGCUGGAACCCCAGUUCCACCCCAAGGUGAGUGAGUGUGGGAUCAGCCCCAAUACAAAGAAAGACGGGAAGGGGAAUCAGCAAGCUGGACCAGUGGGUUAUUGCUACGGAUGCAAGGAAAAAUGUCAACUUUCCAUGCGCGGCUGUACAAAAACUUUUAAUUCACUCGCAUGAGGAGUUGGGCCCAAUGCCAGCAGGGACCUCAGUGCCCAGGAAACGGAAGUCCUGAGCACCUCAGGGGGACACCCACUGGGGGUGUGCGGGACAGAGGUCCAGCCGCAUGGCCCGGACUCUCCUCCUGCAGGACAGGCGGCCGCCAGGCCUGGCUCCUCGUGGAGGGGCCUCUGGACGACCCGGGGCUUCGGGGAGCACCAUCUAGAGAUGGAGACACCCCCUCCCCCAAUGCAGGACACAGAGGAGUCACUGUAGAAAGCAAAAGUCCUUCCCAAAAGCCCAAAAACUCAAAAGAGACAAACAGAAUGGGCAGAGUUGGGAUGAUUCCAAGCCUGAGAAUCAAAACAGCAUCUGAACAAAAACAAACAAACACUUCGAAAGGCACAAGGCAAAAAACCAUUUCUGAGAGCCCGUGUCUAGUCCACUGAUGAACCAAUAAAUAUGUGCAAGUUCA